AGGAGCUGCGCCGGCCGCCAACACUGCAGUGCCCGCUGCCCGCCGCGCGCUGAGUCUGGUGGAGCCAGGUGCCACACCACCAGUUCCUCGCCAACCGUCGCACGGUGCGGUCGUGCUCUGCUUUCGUGCGUCGGCUGUGGUCGGUCGAUUGUUGGUGACGCGUCCUGCGAGGAGUUGCUGCUCUUCCCAUCGCCGCCACGACUAGAGCGUCAUUCUGUGGAUACGUGUGUAACCGGUUUUGCGGUGUUUUGAGACUGAAACAAUGAGCGAGACGUCGACAAAACUUGUCUGCUUUCACGCUCCCCGUGGGCCGUGUGCCGUGUGCGGACUCGAAGGCUCGCCGUGUGGCGACUGCCAGCUGGACUACUACUGCGGCGAGGAGCACCGGGCCGAGGACCUGGCGAGGCACCAGGCGGGCUGCCGGGUGCUGGAGCUGCGCACGGAUGGCAGACUAGGGCGCCACGUGGUGGCGACCAGGGACAUCCCCGCCGCUACCGUGAUCCUGCGGGAGCUGCCGGCCCUCGCCAUUCCGCCGCCGUGGACCAAGGAGGAGCAGCUCAACACGCGCCUAGAAGUAUUCCAGCAGGCUUAUUGUGUGGGCUGCCUGGCGGACAGAGACAUCACCUACAAUAGGCAGUGUGCUUCUUGCGGCUGGCCCGUGUGUCGCAGCGCGUGUAGCAAGAGCGAAGCGCACAGGGCGGAGUGCGAGGCAUUCCAGCGUGCUGGCUUCAAACUGAAUACUGAGUCAAGAAACAAGGCAGGACGUAUCCUUUGGAUGGCAUUGGCUGCUCUGAGGUCACACCUAGCCAUGGAGAAGAAACCUAGCCUGCGCCUGCAGGACCUACAGGCUACGCACACUCAGCCUCUGCCGGCGGAUGGGGUGCAACCCCCCGUGCUGGGCGUGAAUGACUACGUCAGCUGGCGAGCCGAGGAGGCGGUCUCCGUCAAGAUGAAGAAGGACUGGCCCGCCGCCGCUCGGUGGCUGCGUGAAACGGCCGGCCUGAGUUGGUUGACCGAGGAGGAGCUUGUACGCGCCGCGGGCGUGAACGACAUCAACGGCAUCAACCUCAACCCUCUCAACUGUGACGACGACCUGAACGGAAAGAUCGCCACAUACCUGUUUCCUGCGGUGUCCAUGGUGGAGCACGACUGUGACCCCACGGGGAUGCUUUUGGCGCGGGACCCACACAGCCAGACUAUGGAGCACAUUGUGGUGACGACCAGGGACGUGUCGCAGGGCGAGCACAUCAGUCUGGACUACUUGGACUCUCCGUAUCAGGACGGCGUGACCAGGCGAUCUCUCUUAUGUCGGGGCUGGAACAUCGACUGUCACUGCCGUUUGUGCGAGGAUCCUACCUCUGCUGGGCUCUUCCUCGGCUCACCAUGCUGUCCGGACUGUAAAGAGCGUGGUGUGAAGCGGCUGAUGGUUGUGGAAACACUCUCCAAUGAGAAUUCCAAAGCCAAGUACCGUUGCCAGGAUUGCACACAGUCUGAUAACGUUCCGUCUACAACCCUUGCGGAGAGGUUCUUACUGCUGCAGAAGUCAACCAUCAGUGGAUUCGGAGAGUUCGAGCCCCUAAUAAAGCGGGUGAUCUUUCCGAAAGGACCUCUGCACCGUGACCAUCGUCUCAUCCUGAGCGCAGAAUUUGCUGCUAGCCUAUUCAUACGCAUACAAGUCAUCAUGAAAAGCAUUCCCGAAGGUUCUAUUGAUGUGUACUUGGACAAGGUACAGCGGCUUUUGGAUGCACUCGACCUCGUGAAGACUGGCCUGAAUCACCACCGCUGGGCUCUGCUGCAGAUUCAGAAUGAACUUGUCUUCGAUAGCCUUGAGAAUGGUGUGCCCACCGCAAAUGACAAACGACUCGUGCUAAAGAAACGUUUGCUUCAGCUGAAAGAGAAUUUGGAAAAUCUGGCACCAUACUAUUUCAGUGCGGAAGAGAAGAAUCACUUCGAGUCCACUUUCAACAGACCAGGCCAGAUGUUUUUGAAGUUUCUCGAUAAAAUAUAACUAGAUUAACUUUGAAUCCUGGAUCACAUAUGUGACUCGAAAAACGGAAUAACUUGGUAAUUUGUUUGCCCAUUUUUUUUUUGACUAAGUGCCUGUAAACGGUACGGUAUUUGUCAUCGUUAAUAAAUAAAUUUUCUUGAUAUCAGUAA